AUGGCUCCCCUCCACUUCGGUGCACUUGUCUACGACUAUCAGGCUAUCGAUGUCCUGGGUCCAACGGAUCUCCUCAACUCAUCCACCAAGCCAUACAUACAAGCCCUAUCUGGCCUUAUGAAGAUCGAAGAAGACACAAUCUCUCGCGCCCCAGAGUUCGUCUUUCAUCACAUCGGUAUCACUCGCGAAACCUUUGUUCUUCAAACAAGCAACAUCCCAAUUGUGCCAACCACAACCGUGGAUGACUGCCCCGAACUCAACUUCCUUAUCCUCGGUGGUCCUGAUCCCAUGAACUUCGAACUCCAUCCCAAGUAUGCCGAGUUCAUCCAAAAGCACGUCGCUGCUGGAAAACUGCUCUUCACCACUUGCACUGGCGCCAGCGUCGCUGCGGCAGCGGGUGUACUUGACGGCAAGAAUGCAACAGUCAACCACUGUGCUAUUCAGCCUCUCAAACAAAAGUUUCCGAACGUCAAGUGGACUAACGAGAAGAAGUGGAUUGUUGAUGGAAACAUUUGGACUGCGGGCGGUGCCGUUGCUGGAAUGGACAUGUUUGCUCAUUGGAUCAAAGAGAACUUUGGUAUGGAUAUCAUGGUUCUGGCUGCGUCACUUUUGGACUAUGAGCCCAGAGAUGUUGAUGGCAUUAUGAACGUCAUUCCGAAGAGGUUUGAUGAGAAUGGCAAGCAAUUGCAAACUCAUGUUUUCAACUAG